GGAAGCGCCGCGCGUGUGGGUGGGGGGGGGCGGAACAUGGAGAUGGAGACGGACACGGGGCGGGAUGAGGAGAUGCCCGCGCUGUCCGACGGCGAGGAGCCCUGGGAGGAGGAGGAGGAGGAGGAAGAAGAAGACGACGCUGCCGUGGGGCAGAGGACACGCUGCCUCUUCUGCGAUGGGUGGUUCAGUUCUGCUGAAGUUGUGUUCUCCCACUGCAAAACAGAGCACGAGUUUAAUGUUAGUGAUGUGAUCCAGAAACAUGGACUCGAUUUUUAUGGAUACAUUAAGCUAAUCAACUUCAUCAGAUUAAAGAAACCAACAGGAGCGUAUCUGAGUUCUCUCAGCAGUCCACUGCCUUGGGAAGGAGAGGAAUAUCUCAAACCAGAACUAGAAGAUGAUCUCCUCCUUCAGUUUGAUAUAGAAGAUCUUUGUGAACCUGCAAACGCUGUGCCCUGUAAUGGUUUCAGUGAUACCACGGCGCUCCUUGAGCAGUUGAAACACGCAGAACGCAGAGCGAGAGCCGCAGAGGCAGCCUUGGCUAGAGCACAGGAGGAUCUUCAGAAAAUGAAACAAUUUGCCCAGGAUUUUGUGAUGAGCACAGAUGUCAGGAGCAGCUCGUCGUCCAGUGCCAUUGCAGACCUUCAGGAGGAUGAGGAUGGUGUUUACUUCAGCUCCUAUGGGCAUUAUGGGAUACACGAGGAGAUGCUAAAGGAUAAGGUGCGUACAGAGAGCUAUCGUGACUUCAUCUAUCAAAACCCACACAUCUUCAAGGACAAGGUGGUUUUGGAUGUUGGCUGUGGAACUGGAAUUCUCUCCAUGUUUGCCGCCAAAGCAGGCGCGAAGAAAGUGAUCGGAGUUGACCAAUCUGAAAUCAUCUAUCAGGCCAUGGACAUCAUUAGAUUAAAUAAACUUGAAGAUAUUAUUACAUUAGUCAAAGGAAGAAUCGAAGAAGUAGAUUUGCCCUUGGACAAAGUGGAUGUAAUUAUAUCUGAAUGGAUGGGUUAUUUCCUUCUCUUCGAGUCGAUGCUGGAUUCUGUCAUCUAUGCAAAGGACAAGUACCUGGCAGAGGGAGGCUCAGUUUAUCCUGACAUUUGCACCAUUAGUCUGGUGGCUGUUGGGGAUAUGAAUAAACAUGUGGACAAACUGCUUUUCUGGGAAGACGUGUAUGGCUUCGACAUGUCUUGCAUGAAGAAAGCCGUCAUUCCUGAAGCUGUCGUGGAGGUGCUGGAUCCAAACACACUGAUAUCUGCAGCCAGUGUCAUUAAGCACAUCGACUGUAACGCUGCAUCCACUCCAGACUUGGAAUUCUCUUCAGAUUUCACCCUCAGCAUUACAAUGAGCACAAAGUGCACGGCAGUUGCUGGUUACUUUGAUAUAUUUUUUGAGAAGAACUGUCAGAACAAGGUCUCGUUUUCAACUGGUCCCCAGUGUACCAAAACACACUGGAAACAGACAAUUUUUCUCCUGGAGAAACCAAUUCCUGUAGAAGCAGGGGAGGCCCUGAGAGGGAAGAUCACGGUCCGCAAAAACAGAAAGGAUCCCCGGUCCCUCUUCAUAACCCUGUCAGUGAAGGACACACAGCAGACCUACAGCCUCCAGUGAACAUCCUGGGCACGUAACUCUGGGAGGAGUUAAAGUCAAAUAACUGUUUUUAAAUGGUAAACUCUUGGAUUUUUUUUGUGU